AUAAAAGUGAGUGCCGUAUGCUGACAAAGAUGUCGGCAGUCUGAAAUACAACACAACACGCUGUAAACGUGGAGUCUGCUGCUGGGUCGGUCGUGUUUCUGGGCAAGGAGGUGUUUGUGUCUGUUUGUGUUGUGAAGCUGGAGCUGUCGUUGCUGCGACGAGGGAAUCAAGAGCAGAGUUUCAGUUUCGUUUGCGUGGAAACUGUGAGGAGCAGCGAGCGGCCUGACCUAGCCUAGCCCGUGUGCCAUCGAGUGCCCGGUGGGUGCAGCACCAUGUCCUACAGCGAGUACGCUUGGAUUCGGUCGGAGAGGAGGACCGUGAACCAGUCCAGAUCUACAACCCACGACUGGUCCCAGUACUACGACGGAAGGAGUUGGGACAUAAUCGGCGGCAGCAGCAGCCGAGACCUCUACUCUCGGAUCCCGGCCGACAUCCUUCAAUAUCGUCAGCCGAGAUCCUACGGGGAAACGUAUCCAACUCGGAGAGAUUCCGCAUAUCAAGAUUAUCUUAGUGAGCGACCUUCCCAAGGACUAACGGACUCAAUGGGUAACAUAAUCAUCCAAAUCUCUCAAAGAUCAGAGCGUUUAGUGAAGAUUACAGACCCAUGCGUCAGAACAGUCGGCGAACCAGCACAGGAAAGAAAUGUAAACACUGAUUCAAUGGAGAAUUCUGCCGGAAAUGAAAACCAAGUUCAUGAAGCAACAGCCUGCAGUAGCUGUGAUGGAAAUACCCUUGAUGUAGACCAUAAACAAAGACCCACAAGAUUCAGUGAUGGUGCGUUUGUGGGCCUCAUGAACACAGGCAACAGCUGCUGUAUCAAUGUCCUUCUGCAGACAUUGUUUAUGACACCAGAAUAUAGGAACUUUCUUUCCAGGUGUCGACAAGAAGGCUUCCUGAAAAAUGCACGCGAUCACAUCCUGUAUCAACUUGAUGAAAUGUUCCAGAAACUGCAGAAUUCUGGUGCAAGAAGAAUUACAUCACCUCUUCAAUUUAUUCACUGCUUAAGGUUAAACCACAUAAACAUUGGGAUUCAAAUGGAUGCUGAAGAAUUAUUCCGUUCCCUCUUUUGUCUGGUACAAAACCAGUUGAAGGGGACAGACCUUAUCACAGAUAUGAAUGAAAUUUACAUUAUUACCACUGAAGAAUAUACAAAGUGCAUUGAAUGUCAGCAAGAAAUUAAACUGAUUGGAAACAUGCUGACUCUUCCACUUUCAAUAUACGACCCCUCAACAGGAACUCCUCUUAAGAAUAUAGAGAAUUCUCUAGCCAACUUCUUUGAACCCCAAAGGUUAGACGCUGGUAACAUGUGCUAUUGUGAGCAAUGUGGACGAAAGACAGUCACAAUGAAGAGCUAUGGAAAGAUUUUGUAUCCACAAAUACUGUGUUUACAGAUGAAACGCUUUUCUUCAAAUUGUGGAAAAACAAUCAAAAAUUAUGAUUUUAUGGAGUUUCCUGAGAGUUUGAAUUUGGCAAAGUUUGGGGACGAAUCUCACAGCGAAAGGAACAAGUUUCAGUACCAUCUCAUGUCUGUGAUUGUGCAUAUGGGUAGUGCGAUAUUUGGCCAUUAUUACGCUUAUAUACGAACCUUCCCUGAAAUGUGUUGGUAUAGUUUCAUGGAUGAAUAUGUCAGUAAAGCAACGUGGGAAGGAGUAAAAAGUACAUUUGGAUCUUCACGGAGGUAUUCGGGUCGAAGUGGUUUACAAAUGGAAGGAACAGCUUAUCUUCUAUUUUAUAGAAGAAUGGAUGUCAGCCAAAAUGCGGCAGAAUGAAAGAACAUAUCUCCCAAGCUAUGGCUGAAUUUCAGAUUUUCAUUACUUGUUGGCGACCUUGUCUAUUUCUUAAAAAUGCUAAUGAAAUGCUUUAUGAUUUUAAGCUAGAUGUCUGCGGGACGUCCGUAGUGCAGUAUUUGUCACUUAUGUGUGUGACAUUCCUAAGUUUAGUCAUUUAAAUGACGGAUUAUAUUUUAAAACUG